UACAAUGUCGACCAGCCGCAAAUUAAAGAGUCAUGGCAUGAGGAGGGGCAAGAACAGAUCUCCUCACAAGGGGGUCAAGAGAGGUGGUAGCAAAAGAAAAUACCGGAAGGGCAACCUGAAGAAUCGAAAACGCGGCGACGAUGCCAAUCGCAAUUACCGCUCCCACGUGUGACCCCACUGGUGGGCUCUGCCCUGGUGGACUUCAAACAGCACCAGGCAGCAACAAGAGGACAACGGAAGGGGACUGUCAAAAACCGAACUUCGA